AUGAUGAAAAUCUUCGGAAAAGUUUUGGAUGCCGAUUUGAACGAUGGGGCACUGAAACCCAAUGCUGAGUGUGUUGAAGAAUGUUAUCAGCAGAGUAAAUGUAUUCUGGUUUUUAUGAAUUCAGAAGAACAAUGUCUCUCAUUUUAUUUCAAUUCGACUGAAAAAUUGACAGUGGUAGAGACAGCAAAAACGGAUAAUUUAUUUGUCGCCUUUAAGACUCAGUUUUUAUUGAGCCAAUGUCCAGAAUAUGAAGCAAUGGAUCUUACGGUCACGGUCGGUGGAGGAUCUAUACCUUGGAUCAAGAAUGGAAAUGAAUACUUAUUCAAAAAAUGUGUUGGAGAUUGGAAAAUUGCCAAAAGAGAAAAUAAUGUGACUCUUUGUAUGCAAGCGUUUGAAAUUCGAACUACAAGUUAUGAAGAAGCUCAAACAAUAUGUGAGGGCCAACAAAAAAUGAUGAAAAUCUUCGGAAAAGUUCUGGAUGCCGAUUUGAAUGGAGGAAUAUCAAAACCCAAUGCGGAAUGUGUUGAAGAAUGUUUCCAGAAGAGUGACUGCAUUUUGGUAUUCAUGAAUUCAAAUGAACAAUGUCUCUCAUUUAACAUCAAUAUUUCCAAAAAAUUGACUGUAGUUGAAACAACAAAGGAAGAUAAAAUGUUUGUUGCUUUCAAAACGCAGUUCUCACUGAGCCAAUGUCCAGCUUACGAAGCAAUCGAUCUGACUGUCACGGUCGGCGCUGAAACAGUACCAUGGAUAAAAAAUGGAACCGAGUACACAUUCAAAAGGUGUGUUGAAGACUGGAAGAUGUUUGAAAGAAAGAAUAAUGUGACUGUUUGUAUGCAAACGUUUGAAAUUGGCGCUACAAGUUUAGAAGAAGCUCAAACAGUGUGUGAGGAUAUGGGACCUUAUAAACUAACUGGUGUGCAGACAGAAGCAGAACUCAAAUGGAUUCUAGGCAGACUAAGUUCUAAAUGGGAUGAAUAUUAUGAAGGAUUUUGGAUUGAUGCCAAACGUCAGACAGCCUACACGGGCAAAAACGAUACAGUAAGUUUAUAUUAG